UACAACGAGACCAAUUUUAAUCUAAUUCUAUUGGUCGAUGAGUGAAGUACAUCCGGGUUGCUGACAACGGAAGUGUUUACUCGGGAGACCACCACGGAUUUUAGCUACAAAAAUUCAGCAAAUUAUCCGAAUUUGCGGUAAACUAUGCCGUUUUAGAAACACCUACCAACUUAUCGGCUGUUUUUACUGCUGGUAUGUCGGAAUAAGAAAGCUGCGAUGGAAGCAUCGCCUUUCUACGGCGUACCGCCGAUUGAAAGCGACGACAGCUGCCUCAGCGACAGCGACAGCGACAGCAACGAGGACAACAGAGCAACAGCAAGUGACGACUGCAGCGCCGACGAAGACCCUGACUGGACUGACGACGCGAUUGCGCGCACCAGCGCUGCUACGACAAGAAGGGCGUCCGACGCCGCUUCGACGAAAUGGCAGGAGGUCGCGUGGGACUCGGUUCAACAGCAGAGCUCUGCAAAACACUAUCCUGUCUGGAGAGGCGCCCUUCCAGAUGCGGACGAAAUCAGAGAACCCGUUCAGUACUUCCGAGACUUUUUUGACACUGAACUUUUGGAAACGAUUUCGCAACAAAGUAAUCUAUAUUGUGCACAAGAGAAUCCCAACAGUGCCCUUAAAUUGGAUCCCACUGAGCUGGAGCAGUUUAUUGGCACUGUGAUGUAUAUAAGUGUUAUACACUUGCCAAGGUUACGAAUGUACUGGUCCAAUGAUUGCCGAAUACGGCAGGUGGCCGAUGUGAUCUCUCGAGAUCGAUUUGACGAAAUUACAAAAUUCCUUCACUUCAACGACAACAACAACAUGGCGGCGAGCAACAGGGACAAGCUCUUCAAGAUCAGGCCAGUCAUUGAUUCCCUUCUGCAAAAAUUUCAGGCCAUCCCUCAAGACCAAAUGCUAUUUAUUGGUGAACAAAUUGUCCCUUUCAAAGGGAGAUCCUCUCUAAAGCAAUACACGCCCAAGAGGCCUCAUCGGUGGGGAUAUAAAAUCUACGUGCUUUGCGACACAAAAGGUCUGGUGCAUUCGUUUGACAUAUUUACAGGCAAAACCGCUGCUGAACACGGAGAACCCGACAUCGGGCCGACUGGAAACAUCGCGCUGAAGCUCGCACAAACCAUCCAGCGUGCCGACGAUCACCUGCUCUAUUUCGACCACUGUUUCUCCUCCUUGGAUUUGUUCGCUGCUCUUGCGAACAAGGGGGUUCCAGCGCUCGGGACGGUGCAGCAGAACCAACUGCAAGGGUGCUGUUUCAGCACCGACUCCGAUAUGAGGAAAAAGGGAAGAGGGACGUUCGAAGAGAGAAAGGUCAUCUUCAACGGUGCAGAAGUGAGGGCAGUCAAAUGGUUCGACAGUAAGGGGGUGAUCGUUGCCAGCAAUUUCCCCGGUGCCCACUCUGUCUCUAGAGUGAAAAGAUGGGACAGAAAGUUGAAACACAACGUCUUUCUGACAUGCCCCAGCAUCAUUAGAAUGUACCACAAGUUCUUGGGAGGCACCUACGCGCUCAACGCGCAAAUUGCGUCGUGUCGCAUCCAGGUCAGGUCAAAGAAGUACUACCACAGGUUCUUUUUUCACUUUGUUGAUAUGGUGGUUGUGAACAGCUGGCUGUUGUAUCAGCGGGACUGUGAUUCUCUGGACGUUCCAAAAAAGGAGCGGAAGGACUUGCUUGCUUUUAGAACGUCGGUGGCGCAAGCGCUCUGCAUGCAGUUCAAUGAAAUCUCCAGCGUAAAGAGGGAACCGCCGUCGCCUGACGUGGAAAGGGAAUUGCAAAAGAAGAGAUUUCGAGGUCCAUCUCGGGCUCUUCCAACCAUGGAGGUGCGGUCAGACGCCGUGGGUCACUGGCCAAUGACUGACAGCGAGCGGCAACGCUGCAAGUUCAAUAAAUGCAAGGGCCAGAGCGUCUACAAAUGCUCAAAGUGCGGCAUUCACCUGUGCCUCAACAAGCACAAGAACUGCUUCAUAGAAUUUCACAAGUAAUAGUUUCUUUCUGCAAGUGAAGAGUCAGCCAGACGAUCUCCUUCGAUAUUUUCUGCUACAGAGCAGAAUGCACGGUUGCAUCAAUUACAUGUCAUCCAGUUCCUGAUGGGUCACAUCAUGAUUCUUCCAGCUUUAUGUUUAACUGUGUAAAGUCGUUUUUCUAUUUUCUUUUUUAGCAAAACCAGAAGAAAUCUGUCAGGAAGAAGCUAAUCUAUAUCAGCAUUUGAAAAUUAGUUCAAUUAUGCAUUGCAGCUACAUUUAUAUUCGUUCUAAUGAUUGAUCCAAAUCAGUUUUCGCUGUUUGGUGUCUACUUCUAAACAAAAUUUAAGAUUUCCUGUAAAAUGUGCAGUUGGUGAUUUUGAGAAGCUGCAUAAUAUUAAAACACAUUAAGUUAAAAGUGGCCAAAAAUGUAAACUGUGUCAAUACGACAUGGUUAUGGAAGCUUUAAGUUGUAUUUUGAUUGGAAAUGUCCAAAAUUUAUGAACCUAGUGGGCAUCAGUUAGUGUUUAAGUAACCCUGACCACGGAGGUAGGUGCUUUUUGACAGUGUAGGAUCACAGUGUGUAAAAUGAGAUGUUUUCCGUUAUUUUCUUAAAUAAAAAUCUAAAAUGUCUCAUGA